AAAAUAAUAAACAUUAUACAGAUGUCAAAUAAAUCAAACUGUAAUUAAACUACACUCUUAAAAAUGCUGGGUUAUUUUGCUAACCCAACUGCUGGGUUAAGGCUGAUUUUUAAGCAGUUGGGUCAAUUUAAUACAACAUUGGGUCAAACAUUUUGACCCAGCAUGUUGGGUUAAAAGGGGCGGUAAAAAGAAAGAUCCUCCCCCUCGUCUGUGCCAGCUUCACCAUUUUAAAGUGGAGGAUGACAAGGACUUGCCUCAUUUCCAUGGACCUUCACACCAGCAAUGUUUAAAAAUAAGGUAAGAUGUUGAUGAUGGAGUUUGAAAAUGUGUUCUGGUAAAGCAGUUGAAGGCAGGUAAUGCAGUAAACAAAGAGAUUUUAAGCCUACAAGAGAUUUUCAACCGAAUAUAGCUUCGAGUAGCUAGCUAGCUAUAGCUUCCUAGCAUCAAUCUACUUCAUUAGAUAUAAUGGAACAGAAAAUCUGUGACACAACUAUCUGCUCCAGACAGUGUUUUACCAUUUGUCCACCCUCCCUUUGUUUGUUAGACAUGAUGAGGCUCAGGAAGUUAGGCUUACUAUGCAUAGCAUCCCCACUAGCAGCAGGGGCUCUUUAUGCUGCGGUCUGUGCAAUACCUCCCGCUACUUGUGUAGCUCAGCACUACUUCUUUGGUAGUACCAAUUCUACUAUACAUUUCUGUGGGGAAAUGAGACAGGAGACCAAUAGGCAUAGUGCUACAGGAGAAUAAUAGCUUAUCUAAGUGGUUGCGCGCAGCUUUCCCGCUACUGUAACUGUUGCCGGGCAGAUUACGUUCACAGGUUCAUAUGCAUGUUACAUAACGGCACGCGCGCCAACUCCACAACCCCUGUCCCUGGGGUGGGGAGCAAACAAAUGGCGGCGCAACGCGCAAACUGCUACUGCUUUCAGUUGACAACAGCUCGCGCUACAUAGCGGUGAAAUAAAAUAUAAUCAGUGUCAGUCAGAGUCGUGUGCAGCAGCGCACAAAUAAACGGGCGGACAUUAACGUGAAAGUUAAUAGGUUCCAGCUGAUGAAGCACGCCAAAGGUAAACUGCUUGAUAAUCCAUCCGAAUCAUGGGAGCCAGAGUUUCAUGAUAAUGCCCGGUUUAUUUCACUCAAGAUGGAUGAAUUUGUGAAGGACAAACUUCUGGAAUGGAACCUCUCUGAAUACAUCCCUGCUUUUGAAGCUGAAAAGAUUGACAAAGACAGCCUUUUCCUCUUGGAUGCGAACAGCUUGACGACUUUGAUACCUCUCCUGGGUCCACGCCUGAAAAUUCAGAAUAAUUUAAAAAGAUUACUUGAGGAUUCAAGCCCUAAACAAACGGAGUCUGUUUGUGCACCAGCUGACAAAUUGCAGCACGUGGCUCCUGUCCAGGGUGGAACAUCAUUUAAUAUCCGUGAGAUACUCAACAAAACACCUGAUGGAAGAGCAAUAGUUCACAGCCUUGAAGAAAGCCAUCACAUUUCUAUAAGUGAGAGAAGAUCCAUGGUCAGGAUACUUGUGUCCCACCUGAUUGAGUGCUUUGGAGAGAAUCCACCCUCGGAAUCAAAGGCAUUGCUGGCAUCAUCAGUAGUGGAGCAGUUUCCAUGUCUAAAGGACAGUCUUGGCACGGGCUAUGAUGCGUGGUUCACCCCAGGAAGGAAACAUAGACCUGCAACAGGAUUCCUAGAGGAAUGUCUCCGCAAUCUGGAAACUGUAACCGGCGCUCACCCGAUGUGCUGUCUGCCUUCUCCCAGCUCUGCUGAGCGGCUUCCAGUGAUUCUCUACCAGAACGACGUCUCCUCACAUGUCAAACAAGGAGAUUUUUUCUUUAAAAAGAGCCAGUCCACGCACAACAUAUCCCCCGCUCUCCCCAAUGCUGCUCCUGCCUUUGUUUACCUGCAUUCUUUCCCGCCACCUGCUGGCUCCGCUCAUGGCCCAAUUCCUCACCGGCAACAUGUGAACACAACCCGGCUGGAGUGGAGCGGGACAAGCUGGCCCAAGUGUAAAAGCGCCAUUACAGUCUACUUAAUGGUUGCACUCUUUCUCUAG